AUGGCAAAACAUCAUCAUCAUCAUAACGUCAACCGGUCCCCGCGGCUGAGCUACCUGGCCUCCCACUCGCAGUCGCAAUCGUUCAUAAGCGAGGGCGGCGAAAUGACCGAGCUGAUGUCGCUGGACGAGUCGGACAAUUUGCUAAACGAGCGAUACGGCGGAUCCGGAUCGGCCAUUCAGGUCAUCAGUGGCAGUGCCUAUAAUGGGGCCAAUCCGGGACCGUUGGCCACCGGAAGCCAUCAACAGCAGCGUUUCGAUGAGCUCGGUAUGGGCUACGGGGACGGGAGCUACAGCAACAAGCUGAUGUCACCGGCGGUGACAAUUGUCGAGAUGACCGCUGGGGGAUUGCUCCCGAAUGCGACCAAUCGCCGGGAGAAAAACUUCAAGCAUAAAUCGGCGACGGCGGCAGCUCUGGCAGCCUCCGGUGAGCAGACACCACUCAACGCAAUUGGUCUGCAACUAUCAGUGGAUCGCGGUGGCCCACAGGAAUGGGGCGAAGCCACUCGAAGCUACGUGAGAGCCCAGCGGCGACAUGCUGGACGGGCGACCUUCCAGGGCCAGGUGUACAAUUUCUUGGAGCGCCCCGCCGGCUACAAGUGUAUUGUUUAUCAUAUCACAGUGUAA